GCUGCAGCCGGGUCUCGCGGAGGUGGAGCAGGUGACUUGAGGCAGCAUGGAUCCUGAUGGCUCUGAGCAAGAUCCUGAAACGAAGAAAUAUUCUUCUGUCUGUGUUGGCAGAGAAGAAGAUAUUAAAAAGUCUGAAAGAAUGACAGCUGUUGUCCAUGACAGAGAAGUGGUCAUUUUCUACCACAGAGGAGAAUAUCAUGCUAUGGAUAUUCGCUGUUACCACUCAGGAGGACCUUUACAUUUAGGAGAAAUAGAGGAAUUUGAUGGACGACCAUGUAUAGUUUGCCCCUGGCAUAAAUACAAAAUUACUUUGGCCACAGGAGAAGGACUGUAUCAGUCUAUAAACCCUAAAGAUCCAUCAGCAAAACCCAAGUGGUGCUCCAAAGGGAUAAAGCAAAGGAUUCACACGGUGACAGUGGACAAUGGGAAUAUUUAUGUGACUCUUUCUAACGAGCCUUUUAGGUGUGACUCUGAUUUUUAUGCCACUGGAAUCUUCAAAGUAAUUCAGAGUUCUUCCUGAUAAAAUUUUAUGGCAAUGAAAAAUGUUGCGUAUGUUUUGAAAGUAUUUUUAGAAUAACCUUGCUUCAAUACCAAAGAUGAUUAACUUUUUCCAAAAUAGGCACAUUUAUUAUCUUUAUCAAUCAUAUAAAUGAAAGGUUCAAAGCACAUGUACUUAGUGUGAUGUAAGGAUCAUCAUCAGGAUGUAUAGAAUACAUUUUAGCCAAUCCUCUGGAUUGAUUGGAACCUGAAGGUUAUAGGUUUAGAAUAUGCAUUUUAAGAAGGAUGAAAAUAAUUUAGAAUAACCAAAGUGAAGAAAGGUUAAAAAAAUUAGAUCUACUAAGAAAAACUUAGGGGAAAAUCCCUACUUGAUAUAGCAGAGUUUAUCAUGGAAAAUUUUUAAUGUAUACAAAGUAAACAGAAUAAUAAACCUCCACCACCCACCUUCAACAAUUACCAGCAUUCUUCCAUUCUUGUUUCAUUGAUGCAUGUAUUCACCACCUCCCCUACUGAUCGUUAUAAUUUUUUUUAGGUAAAAUUUAAACACACUGAAAUACUUAAAUCUUAACUGUUCAGUUUUUCCAAAUAUAUAGCAGACCAUUUACACUUAAAAAAUACCUACCAAAAUGGGAUCAGUUUACAUGCUGAAUUUAAAAACAAGAAACUUAAUUUGCCUGACAUCAAAACCAAGUAAACUUUGGCUCCGUUUCUCUCCAGUCAAGGCAGACAGUUUCAAAGUAAGGAAGAUACAGCUGCUCCCCAGCCAUAAGAGAUGUGAAAGUUUCAGCGAACCAAAGUACUUUGAAUGCUUAUAUGAAAUUUUCAAAUAAAGUUUUUUUAAUUUUA